UAGAAGCCGAAUUAUUUGUUUCGUUACAGUCGUUAGAUCGUUACCCAGUGUCAAGUUUUAUUUUACUCUUUAAAACUGCUAGACUGAAAAACAGAAUACAAAAUGAGUUUCGGUCUGCCACCGUUGAAAGUGAAGCCGGAGGUCGGCAGCGACGUCAAAGUGCAGGAAGGCCCGUUCGGAGUCCCUUAUCCAUUCACUGCAGGGCUGGGAGCGACCAAGGCUAAUGUCGGCAUCACACAUCCUUUGGAAGUGUCUGAACGCAAUUACCGCUUGAAUGAAGAAAAAAUGAAUAUGGCAAUGCUCCGAAACAUCCAGGGUCUCCAUGCACCAAUGAGACUCAAUAUGGAAUUGAACUUUGUAAAUAAGGUGGGCCGCCUACCUUUCCUGCCUAGCUCUAAUCUACAGCGCGACGUCUUAACCGGCCGAGACAUUGAAAUAGGCUUUGAAGACAUCCUCAACACCCCAGACCUGUGCGAAGUUGCCGGCCAACCCCAUGCUGUGGUUGAAAGGUCACUUGGGCUUCUGUGAGAUAUUUUUGAAUAUUAAUUUGUAUCUAAACAAACAACUGAACUAAAGGCGUCUGCAUUGGGGCUAGUCUU